GGUGCCGGCGUUCGGGACGAGCAUCGCCCGCCCCUGCGCAGCCAUGAGGCUGUGCCGGCCCUUUGUUCCCGGGGGUCCGCGGCCGCCCCUCCCGACGGCCGGGGCGGCCUGAGUCCCGCCGGGAGGGAGGGAGGAGGAGCUGUUUCCCAGCAGGAUGCGAUGGGGAACUGCUGGGCGCAGUGGUGCUGCGGGCUGUUCUUCCGGAGGGAUCCCGGCCGGAUCCAGCGCGGCGGAGGAUCCAAGUAUUUUAGAACAUGUUCAACAGGAGAACACUUCACCAUAGAGUUUGAGAACCUGGUGGAAAGCGAUGAGGGGGAAAGCCCAGGAAGCAGCCACAGGCCUCUGACUGAGGAAGAAAUUGCAGACCUGAAGGACAGACACUACGACUCCAUUGCUGAGAAGCAGAGGGUUGUUGAUCUGAAGCUUCAGUCAGAGUUAGCCUUACAAGAGGAGAAGUUAAGACUAGAAGAGGAGGCUUUAUAUGCUGCACAGCGUGAAGCAGCCAGGGCAGCAAAGCAGAAAAAGCUCUUGGAGCAACGUAGGCAGCACAGGAUAACGCAGAGAGCACACGCUGUUAAUAAUGGAGAGUUCCAGAGCUCUGUGGCAGAGGAAGAUCUCGAUCCUUUCCUAAGGAAUACAAAAUUCCAGUAUGAAGCUUUCCGAAGCAGUAGACUUUCAUCUGAUGCCACGGUGCUGACACCCAACACGGAGAGCAGCUGUGACUUGAUGACCAAAACCAAAUCAGUGAGUGGCAACGAUGACAGCACCUCCCUGGAUUUAGAGUGGGAAGAUGAAGAAGGCAUGAACAGGAUGAUUCCGGUGAGGGAACGCUCCAAGACGGAGGAGGACAUCCUGCGGGCAGCGCUGAAAUUCAACAGCAGGAAGGCAGGAAGCCACCCAGCCUCAGCCUCUGACGAUUCCAACGGGCUGGAGUGGGAGAAUGACUUUGUCAGCGCCGAGAUGGACGACAACGGCAACUCCGAGUACGCCGGCUUCGUCAACCCCGUGCUGGAAUUGUCGGCCUCGGAUGUCAGGCUGUCAGAUUCCGAGCGCCAGGACAGAUAGUGACCGUGUCUGCACGGCCCCUGCCUGUGACCAAAUGCUGGAAAGGGAAAUGGAAUGUACAAAGCCAAUCUGCUCUUUUGUAACCCGCUUCCCUUCCUCUUGCGCGCGGCUCGGCGAGGAACGGCAGGGACUCGCCGUCUGAAGGAAUUCAGAACUAAGUGCAAUUUUAUCAUCUACCUUCUCCACUUUUGUGAAAACUGGGAUGAUUCUAUUGUGUAUAUUUCUGGAUAUCUGGAUUUAAUAUAAAAUGAUCUGCACUAAUUGAAGCUUUGUAGCUUGACUUAUCUAUAUUUUAACUCGCCUUUUUUUUUUUUUUUUUUUUUUUGGGUGAUGUUUCUAUUGAUUUUGUUUUGAAAUUCAUCAUUGGCCUAAUAUUUAUCUCAGAAUAAGUCUCGUAUAAUUUAUUUAAUACUUGAAGAUAGAGAAACAAUUUUAAAAUAUUUUUACUUCUGGUCUGUGCUUUUUGACUCGCUCUUCAGCUGCUUAGAGGGUGCAAAAGUAAGAGCUGCAAAACGGAUUUGACACGUGGCAAAUUGCAGAUUUUCCCCUGUUUAGCUUAAAGUCUUCCUAGUCUUGUGUUGUCCUUUUUCCAUUCACUUUAUUUUUUUAAAUUGCUUUAUGCCAAGCACGGUUAACCUCAAUGAACAUUGUAAAACUCAUCAGGUUAGGUAAGAUAUUGUCUUGUAUAACAGGCCAGACUUAGUAAGUGCUUGCUAGAUAGAGAAACAAAAAUAAGGUAAAAUACAAAUUCUCUACGUGUCAAUAAAGCGGGAAUUUUAACCAGUCGAGAACUGGGAGGACCAAAGUCUUGUUUUCCUCUGUUGCUACACAGUCCUAAAAAUUCCUCAGUUGUGGAAAAGUGAUAAUUCCACUUAUCAAGUGAAUGCAAGGACCAGAACAGUUAUGGAAAAAAAACUCAGUGAGCCAGCUGGGGUAGGGAUGACGCUGCUGCUGCUGCUGGGGUGGGAAGAACAAGAACCUAAAGACUGAAUUUCUAUAUCUGCAUUUUGAAAAGGAAGAAGAAAAAUUCGUCUUUUAACAGUGUGUUGAAGUGCUCUGCCUUUCCUGUGCCUCUGAAGUGGGUGGUUAAUCCAUGAAAUCCAUGGAGGUGUUCAGUGACUGCACCGCUGGUGUCCUGUGCUGUGUGGUCUCCUCCAGUAUUCCAUGUAAAUCUUACUUUUUAAUAAGAGAACCUGCGGAAUACUUGCAGAUCUCAAGCUUUCCCCAAAGUUUCAAAGCAAAGCCAUUCUGCUCUGCCAUUAUUUUGUGUAGCUGUCUCGUUUUUCCAUGGAAAAAAAGGGUGACAGGGUUUAACUUUGUUUUGGAGUAAAAGGAACAGGUUGUGAUAAGUAAUGACCCUGCACUGUCAUCAUCAGAACUGAAUUUGUUGGUGAAAGUUGUGUCGCUGGUUGAGAUCAUCUGAAACUAUUUGGAAUAUUUGGGUCAUUACAGCGAGGAUAAGGAACAAAAAUACUGCACACUGGGAUGAAAUAUGUACAAAUAACCUGAGAGAACAGAUAAAUCCUGUUGGUGACAUUCCAUCUCUUUCUUUCAGUUGUAGCUAUGUCACUGGAAAUAUUUUCAUGCCAUUAUUUAUAUUUGCAAUACUUGUAAUGAGCUUUAAGGAUCUGUACACAUCAAAUGUAUAUUUUGGGUUUGGCCUAAAGCUACUGCUGUGUGACUUCUCCUGGACCUUUCUUUGUAAUAUAUUCCUAUGGGAAGGAAUACUUCCUCAACAUGUAAAUAACAUGUUUUUUACCUGCUGAAACUGCCACCUCCCCUGCAGCGGUCACUGCUUUUCCUGGCCAGUGAACAUGAGGUGGCCUUGUCCUGACCAUGCCUUGAGGAAGUCAAUUAGCUGAUAGUCCUGCCCUUAGGAUGAACAAGCAACUAGGAAAAAGGAGGCUGACUCCAGCUUUUUCAGUGAUGGGCAUGUUCUGUAGCCACGGUUCACCAUAACCCGUGCGGAGCUCAGUGCGCCAUGCUGAGUGACUCUGAAGCGAUGCUCCGUAUUUGUGGAUAUUUCAGAAACUGAGAGAUUUCUAUAAGCAGCUCAUGUGAAACGAUUCAAGGGUACUGUAAAAUGCAUAUCUGUACAAAAUUUAAAAGUCAUUAAAAUUUUCAGCAAGUCUUA